AUGUUAAGCAGUAGCACUAGCGCCGGAACAACAAAUCCUGGAGAUGCGGCUUUAACCCCCAUGUUGUUCAAGCGAACCGAGGUUAUAGGUAGAGGCAAGUUCGGAAUUGUAUAUAAGGCUUACCACCUUAAAAGUAAGCAAAAAUAUGCUAUCAAAGUUUUGAAUCUGGACUGUCCUGAGGAUGAGGUAGAAGAUGUUCAGAAAGAAAUUCAAUUUCUUUCGUCUUUAAAACAAGUUCCAAACAUUACGCAGUACUAUGGAUCGUAUUUGGUAGAUACAAAACUUUGGGUUAUAAUGGAGUAUUGCGCAGGGGGGUCUCUGCGAACUCUUCUCAGACCAGGUAAAAUAGACGAGAAAUAUCUUGGUGUUAUUUUGAGAGAAGUUCUCCUUGCGCUAGUGGCUAUUCACAAGGAUAAUGUUAUACAUAGGGAUAUCAAAGCAGCGAAUAUUUUAAUUACGAACGAUGGGCAUGUGAAACUGUGUGAUUUUGGUGUUGCCGCACAGUUGGCGGCUGCAAAUCACAAACGGCAAACUAUGGCGGGCACGCCAUACUGGAUGGCUCCUGAGGUGAUCAUGGAAGGGGUUUAUUACAAUACCAAGGCUGAUAUCUGGUCUUUGGGUAUUACCGCAUACGAAAUAGCUACGGGAAAUCCACCAUACUGUGAUAUAGAGGCACUGCGAGCAAUGCAACUGAUAACUAAGUCAAAGCCUCCAAGGCUGGAAGGCCGGAACUAUUCACACAUGUUGAAAGAGUUUAUUGCUCUAUGUCUUGAUGAAGAUCCUGAAGCACGUCCAACGGCUGAGGAAUUGCUUUCCAAUAAAUUUAUAAAAACGCAUAAAAGUACUACAGUGACAACCCUAAAGGAGUUAAUAUCGAGAUAUCUAUUGUACUCAGAAAAGCAUAAAUCCCGCGAGGGAGUGAUGAUCAAUUUGGACGACGAAGAGCCCAGCAAACCAGCUGCUGCGUUAAGUAACCCAGGUGGUUCCGAAAAGCAGGUGGAAGUGAAGUGGGACUUUGAUUCACUAAAUUCCAACGAGUACAUUAUUGAAAACGACAUAAACAUAGACGCGAUUCCCGUCGAAACCGACUGGGGUAGGUCUCAAACCGACUUUAACUAUGCAUAUCCUGAUGAGGAGAUAUAUUAUCAGUCCAAUAGGCCACAAUACUUCCAUGGUACGACGAUGGGAAAAACCCUCGGCGAUCCAACCGCAAACAAUUCAACAAUACAAGCUUCACAUCAGCCCUCAGUUACACAUACCACGGGAAAUUAUCCUAAUAAAAAUACAUACACAAUCUCUCAAACUACUAAAACAGAAACGAAGGCCUCAAAACAGUUACUACAAUUGUUUGAGGAUAGCGAAAAAAUAGGCCAAGAAGUUGAAAAUAGGUUUCCCAUGCUUGCGAACAGCAUUACCAAUCUCCACAUUAAUGAAAAUGAUACAUCCUCUUCGACACCAAUGGUGAUGCCCUCCCGUCAAGAUAUAAAGCUAAACGGAGCUGGCUAUCACAGUAAAUCUACCCCAAUCCUACCAAAAUUGCAGACAAAUUUCAAAUCUUCAAUGGGCAGCGUGCCCUUGACUUCCGCUUUAGCAACGCCUGUUGAGAUUGAAAUACCUGAAGAGCUACCGCUUUCGACCACAAGCGCCCAACCUAAAUCGGUCAUGAGUCCGCCCACAGCGGAUGGAGUUCCAAUAAAGGGCUUGCAACGCAGUAACACUUCUGCGGCCCAAUCCGCUCCCCCUCAACUGCAACGUAAACCAACCCUCACUUCUAGCAGGGCCGAAAGUAUGGGUUACUCUGCACCGGUUUCCAAUGACAGGUCUCCUUCGCCUACCAGAGUCCGUAACAUAUCACCUGAGAAGUCUGUUCCUGCCAUUUUAAAUCUUGGAGAUGCUCCUCCUCCAGCUUCUGCGCUGACGCUCUUCAUGAAACCAAUGGAAUCUUCCUCUGCGUCACUCACUUCUCCAAAUCAGACUCUUCCGCCGCCUUCUAUCAAUGGCUCUUCUAGCGCUUCAACACCCGCAGAAAGAAAUCAGCGUCACAUGAGUGAGCGAGCUAGCCGUGUCUUUAAGCGGAACAACCUUAAUCUAAAGUUGCAAAUGCCUUCACCCACAACACUAUUUCCCUAUAAACUUCUAGGCCCUGGUAACGCCGACGAGCAGCAGCCUCUGUCGACUACAAACAGCAACAUCAACCAAUUCGGCAUUAACACUAGCAGCACUACAAAUAUUCCAGUCGCAAUGACACCUCUAAACGAAAAAUUUAAUCCCGAUCACCUCAUGAAACCAAAACGUAAUCCAAGCUUGACAAACUGGGGUCCCACGCCUACUGUGGACGCACCUGCCCAGCCAGCUUCACAGCAAACUCUACAGUCAUCAGUAGCGUCAAAUGCAUCAACUUCUGGCUCAUCGGUAUCGGCCUCAAAUACAACUACAACUAACUACCAUACUGCAACACCCGCUACUAAUACUACAGCUACUACACCAGGGCCAUCAACUUCACUUACACCAUCUAUAUAUAUGGAAGUUCCACCAAGGACGCUUCCAAUGGACAUGUUCAUCGAUAUUGAAGAUUUUGACGAAUCCCACCGCGUAGACCGCAAGCCACUCGUACUUCGCGAGCUUGAGAACUUACUAAAGAUGAUGGAUGAAGCUCUACCUGUUAUUGAAACAGCACUUAGAGCUGUAUUACCUACAUAG